AUGAGGAUCCCCCUGCGCUCUCUCAUCUUCUCUCUCUUCGCAUUCACAGCUGCGGCAUCUGAAAACAUUUAUGUAUGGCCAAAGCCCAUCUCUGUAAAAUGGGGAAAUGAGACCCAAUUCAUGAUUCCAUUAUCUUCGACCUUCCAAAUCUCGUUUCCCAAUCAUACAAGCCUUGCAAACGCAGUCUCCCGCUACAAACAGAUCAUCUCGGAAAAGCCUUGGUAUCCCAUCCACUCACCCGACGCUGCACCAUCCACGCCCGUUUCUUCGACCCCGUUAAAACAGCUCAAUGUGCUGGUCCGCGAUCUCAACGCCGACCUCCAGCACGGGGUCGACGAGUCAUACAAUCUCACCGUUCCCUCUGACGGAACGCCCGCCACUUUAUCGGCUCAGACGGCAUGGGGAGCCAUUUGGGGCUUGGAGACCUUCUCACAGCUGAUCCACCUCUACAACGCCACUUCCUCUUAUCCUCUCCUCAUCCCCGGGCCUUUGAUGAUCGUGGACUACCCGCUAUUCCCACACAGAGGAAUUACGCUUGACACAAGCAGGAACUUUUAUACUGUUCAACACAUUCUGCGGAGCAUCAGGGCCUUGAGCUACAACAAGAUCAAUGUUUUCCACUGGCAUAUAACUGACUCGCAUUCUUUUCCGUUAGAGUUGCCUUCGGAGCCGGCCUUGGCGCAGAAAGGAUCGUACCCUGGAAUGACGUAUACUAGCCAAGACGUGCGUGAGAUAGUUGAAUAUGGUCGAAACUAUGGCGUCCGUGUGAUUCCUGAAAUAGACACUCCAGGUCAUACGUUGUCGUGGGCCAAGGCGUACCCAGAGAUUACGACAUGCUCCGAUUUGUUCUGGUGGGAGGCCGGCACAAGCUGGGACGACCGAAAGGCCUCUGAGCCUGGAUCCGGCCAUCUCAAUCCCUUACACCCCAACACAUACAAAGUCGUCAACAAUGUUGUAAACGACGUGGCCUCCAUGUUCCCCGAUAAUUUCUUUCACGCGGGCAACGACGAGAUAAUACCAGGCUGUUGGAUGGCGAAUUCUGAUAUCCAAAAAUUUGUUAGUGGGGGCGGAAACCUGAGCGAAGUCCUGGAGAAAUUCGUGAAAGAAACCUACCCGUUAAUAACAGCCCACAAUAAAACUGUAAUAUACUGGGAGGAUGUUCUUCUGGACGAAAAGAUUAAGGUGAGGCCCGAGCUUCUGCCCAAAGAGACCACCAUUCUUCAAUCCUGGAACAACGGUCCCAACAAUACAAAGCUUAUUACUGCAGCUGGAUACAGAACCAUUGUUUCUUCUACCGAUUUCUUUUACUUGGAUUGUGGGCAUGGCGGCUGGCUGGGUAAUGAUAGUCGCUAUGAUAAGCAGGUCAGCGACGAUGGGAGCCCUUUCAACUAUGCGGGAGGCAACGGUGGCUCUUAUUGUGCGCCCUUCAAGACGUGGCAAAGAAUUUAUGACUACGAUAUCACUUAUGGGCUGAGUGAGGAGGAAGCCAAGCUUGUUUUAGGUGCAGAGGUGGCCCUCUGGUCUGAACAGGCUGAUGGAACUGUUUUAGAUGCUCGACUUUGGCCCAGAGCUUCUGCCAUGGCGGAAAUACUGUGGUCGGGGAAUAAAGACUCGAGUGGGCAAAAGAGAUACGCAGAAGCCAUCGAUAGAUUGAACCAGUGGAGAUAUCGUAUGGUGGGCAGGGGAAUCAACGCAGAGCCUCUGCAACCAAUGUGGUGCCUCUUGAAUCCUGGAAUGUGUAAUUUGAAUCAAUGAUCUUGUCAGUGCACUCUUCUCAAUUUAUGAUUAUGCGCCCAUGAAUUCUCAAUUCUUUGUGUAAUGGUCGACAUGGCCUAUCUCGAGUAGAUGGGCUUGAGCGGCA